AUGAGACCGUUGAGCAUUAAACCAACAUCGAUAGAUGUAGCUAGACAUGCCACGUUAGCAGAAUCAUUCGGAAAUCACCGACCGCCCCAAUCGCCGUGGCAUUCGCCGGUGCCGUACCUAUUCGGAGGCCUUGCGGCGAUGUUAGGCCUCAUAGCCUUCGCUUUACUCAUCCUCGCCUGCUCUUACUGGCGCAUAUCCACCACCGGUGACGAUUCCGGCGGAAGAGUCGACGAAGAGAAAGAGAGUAGGUCUGGAGAUAAGGCGGCGAACGCGGCGUACGAGGAGAAGGUUCUUGUCAUAAUGGCCGGAGACGAUUUGCCGAGGCUACAAAUCCACUGA